AUGAGGCCACGACCUCUCGGGGGCCGCAGGCCCCCAGAAGAAAGAGACUCCCCACAAAGAGGAAACAACGCCUUGCAAAGAAAAAGAGCAUUGCGCGAAGGUCUGCGCUCGACAGGAAUGCACAGACAGCUCUCGGCUGGCUCUUUCCCUGCUCGCUUGGCUUCUCAGUCUCCUCUCUGGACGGCGUUUUCUGCAGCGUCCAGAACCUGUUCUACUCGCGCGUCGAUUCUCACUUCUUCCUGUCGCGCUCUCGCUUCCUCUUCCUCUGCAAAGGCUGUCUCGCCUCCUCAGGUCUCUGGGGCCUCGCGAUGGGACCGGCCGAGACAACAAGAAAUCCACCUGUCUCCUGUACGCUUCACUGAUCUCGGUCUGUCUUCCUCCAAGAGUGUGCAUGCUGCCAUGCUGGCGUCUUCCCUCCGUCGCGGCUCUCCAGCAGCGCCACGAAGUCGUUCCGCCCUGAGACCGGACUUGCUUCGCUCCUCCUCUUUUUCACAUUCUUUCUGGUGGCGUUCUUCACCGGUCUCUGCUCUCCGUCCUCUGUCCUCGUCGUCGUCCUCGUCCUCCUCCACCUCUGCUUUCUUCUUUUCUCCUCCCCGUCUUUCUGUCCGAGUCUCUUCUUCUGGAGUCGGCUGCUCCUGCAAGUUUUCCUCUCGUCGUUUCUCCUCGUUGGGUUGCAUGCAUGCGCGUGCUGCAGAGGCACCAAACGUCGCCGCUUCUUCGCUCUCGGACGCGCCUCCUGCACCUCCGCGCAGUCCUCUUCCGUUGUCUUCGACCUCCUCUCGACCUUCAGCUUUUGGAGCUCCGGGGGCUGACGUCGACUGUGCUUCACCUCGCAAACCUGGUCUUGCUCCUCUUCCUUCGUCGUCUUCUUCCGGUUCUUCUCUCGUAGCCUCUCCUCCUGCUUCUUCUUUUGGAGCUGCAGCAGCAGCUGCUGCGAGUGUGUUGACUUCGUCCUCUUUUCUGGCUUCGUCGGCGUCGUGCGUCUCCACCGCGAGCGCGCUGGCGAGGCCAGAUGCCCCGACGUCGGCAGUUCCAGCAUGGCAGCGCCGCCUCGAGAAGCGGAAGAAGAAGGAAGAAGUGAAACAAGAACUUCGUCGCAGCGUGCUGAGACAGCUGGCCGCCCUCCCCGGUGUCUCGCUGCUCCCUUCAGCAGCCGUUCCUUCUCGCUGUCGGCGUCCGCGAGGGUCUCUGGAGCCUGGUGACUCUGCCGAGGCUCCCGACAACCGUGAAGCAGCCAGAGAGUCCGAGACAACAACAACAGUCCUGGCCUCCGGGACUCUGCUUCACGACGGAGGCGCCUCCAGCGACUUCGCUGAACUUGUGGGGGGACGCAGAGAAGGCGUCGGAGAACCGCCUGGAGCAGGGUGUGGAGACAGAAGCGAAGAAGCAGGCGCUUCUCUGUUGAGUCAUGCGAGCGCCAGGGGAGUUGAGUUGAGACGCGGAGAGGGCGACGCGGAAAAGGUCGCACGUGACGGCUCAGCAGGUGAAGAGACCACGCAGAAGGAAGAGCGGAGAGAGACGGGAGAAAGGAGAGAGAGGAGGGAAGAGAACGACCCAUCGUUUGCCUCCAAAGAGGGAGAGGAAAGCACGCGAGAAGAGAGCGAAACGCGUCAUCUCAAGCACCUGGAAGCCAUGGCUGCGCAUGCGUCGCUCGAGUCGCUACUCGGACAAGUGACGAAGGCGCUACGAAAACAAGAAAUCGAGUCAGGAGGCAACCACCGAAACCACGGGGAACUGGCGGCGCUGUGGAAACUGGAAUUCGCCGACGCGUUUCUUGCACAAGACGAACACACAUCUCUUCCUUCUUCUUCUCUCCCUUCUUCUUCUGCUUCUUCUUCUCUCCCUUCUUCUUCUUCUGCUUCUUCUUCUCUCCCUUCUUCUUCUUCUUCUCUCCCUUCUUCUUCUGCUUCUUCGGCUUCGUCUCUCUCUUCUUCUGUUUCGCUGUCGCCUCUCAGCUCUUCGGUUCUCUCGUCGCUUUCUCCAGGUGAAGUCGUUUGUGUCACUUCGCAUCCGUACGAGGCUCUGGCUUCUGUGUUUCUCUCGGAUCUGCGGUUUCAGCGGCGUCUCCUGGCCGUGGUGGCCAGCCGGUGGCGCCGCAUUCUGCGGGCGUGGCUAGUUGGGCUCCACGACCUCAAGCGGGGCGAGGGUCACCCACCCGAGAUGACGGACUUCGAGCGGUACCUGACGUUUGUGUUCCUGCCGCAUUUGCAGCGAGUGACUUCUCAGUCGCUUCAAGUCUUGUCUCGCUUCAGGCGUCUGCAUGCGCCAAAGACUGAAGAGGAGAGAAAAAGGCGACCGCGCGAGAAAGGAGCUCCGGAGACACCCGAAGCUGCGCCCACGCAGCCUGAGGCAUCGUCCCCGCAUUCGCACCUCUCCUCUCUGCCUCCCCGUGUUCCCUCACCUUCCGUCUCUUCUUCUUCAUCUUCUUCUUCAUCUUCUUCUCCCUCCUCUUCUUCAUCUUCAUCUUCUUCUUCCUCUUCUCUCUCUUCGUCUCUGUGUGGAGGCGGCUCGGUGAGAGGUCGGGAGUCGGGGCGCGAGAGACGAGACUGGGUGCUGGCGGUGUCUCUGCUGGAGGAGCUGAAGGAAAUCGUUCUUCUGCUUCGCGACUUAGCGCAGCGACGGGUCCUUCUUCACUUUGCGCCUCUUGUGAUGAACGCCAUCCACAUCGAAAUGCAGAUUCGCCGAGAGCUCCUCUCGUCUCUCGCUUCUCCACGGCCUGCACCGCUUCCUUCUCUCGAGCGUUCCGCCGCUUCUUCUUCUUGUGUUUCCUCUCUCUCGGCUCCUCCUUCUCGUCCCCGUCCUCGUCCUCUUUCUGCCUCUCUUUCUGGGUGCUCCUCAGCCUGGUUUGCGCCCCAGAGUCAGGGAGUCGCGCAGGCUGUACGCACAGCUCGAGAGGAGUUUCUCGCUUCUCCAGCGGGUCGCCUCGCAGCAGCAGGCAGCGAGAAGGCGAUGCAGAACGCCUUUGAAAAGUGGACAGGAAGAACCAGAGUCCCGGCCGAUGGAUCGGACAGGGCUGCGGUGUCUUCACACGCAGCAGAGCAUGCAGAGGCAGCACGCAUGGACCUUGCUUACAGCGGGAGCGCGCAGGGAGACUCGCCGUUGUCUCAGCUCUCUUCGUCCUCCUCGCUGACUCGCACUGCCGAGGAAGCCAGCAACGAGGCGGGAGGAGACGGAGUGGACGCCUACAAACAGGAAGACUUCACAUCGAGAGAAGAUGGAGAGGCAGAAGUCAGGAGCGGGUGCCGAAGAGGCGCUAGUGAAGAGAAAGGAGAAACGCUGUUGAUUCUCCAACCGUCGAAGGAUUCGCGAGACGGGUGGCCGUCGCCAACUCAGUGGGCUGCGCAUCUGCAGGUGGAGAUUCUCAGAGGCUUCGGACGCAUGGGGCUCUACAGCGAAAAACUUUUGCAUGUUGUCAGCGAUGAGGCGACGCAUCUCUGGCCUCACGACCUCGUCUUCUUUCUCUUCGAGUGCGGCCGCUAUGGACUCGCUGUGCAACAUCUGAUAGACAAACAUGCGACGGAGGUGACCGCAUGCGUCGAUAAAAUCAGUGACCCUCUGCUGUACCUGGCCACUGCGGCUCUCCACCGGUCGAGCGUUUCCCCUCGAGUUUUCUUCGAUGCGGCGCUUCCUCGCCUCAGCGUAGCUGUUGCCACCUACGACGAUCCGGCUUUUCUUCGGACGAUGAUUAGUCUCUGUCGAACUCUGGACCCUCACCUGGAGCUUCCGACCUACCGAGACCUCGUGAGCCAAACUGCUGUGGCGAUGCGCCGCUUCGUGCCUCAACUCGACGUCAAUGCUGCCGGCCUCAUUCUCGGCCUCAUCGGCAACCGAACAGCGCGGACGCCACGGGCCUUCUGGGACCUUUCGCAGGCGCUCUGCAUGCGUUUGGAGACACUCCAGCAUUUCUACGCACUUCGCCAGAUCCGCCGAGGAGCUGCUGAAGCGCCAGAACGCGUGCAGACCGAGAAACCCAAGGCAUUGUCCAAGCGAGGCGAAGAGAAAGAACCCAUCGAGCAGACGUCUGCCAACAUUUUCACCACAGUCGCUUCGGCAUUGACUCUUGGGGACAUCAUCACCUCUCUGUCGUCCUUCAAUCUCCGAACUCAUCUGUAUCCCUUCCUGGAAGAUGCGGUCUGCAGAACUCUAGAAGGAGUUCUUUUUGCGCGCAAGGAGGCGCUAUGGUUCCUCAUUUGGAUAGGCUUUGCAUCUGCGCCGAACUUCACCCCGAAGAGACUGACCCUCGCUCUGCGCGAGAAGAUGCUCGACGACAGCGACAGCGAUGUGCAGAACGGCCUGACAGAAAUUAAUCACACGGUCCAGAAGUUGGGGGCCUUCCACGCCCAGCGGCUGCUCCUCCCCCUGCAACUCAUGCGAGUGUACGACCCAGAAAUCACCCGAAUCUGCAUAGACACCUCGCUGUCGCGAGAUCGGUCCUCCUUCAAGCGCCUCGACUCGUCGCUCAGUCUCGUCUUCCCGUUGGCCUAUGCGAACGCGCUCCGACCAGAGUUCGCAGCAGAGUCACUCUCUGCGUGGGAUGUUAACAGCGCGAGAGUGUUUCUCCAUGGAAACGCCUUCCGAGGCGAGUAUGGACGUGCGACCAUGCUGGCGAUGCUAUGGUCUGCGGCAGUCGCAAAUCUGCAUGUUCAGCAAACGCAUGUGACAAGCUACUUGGACAAGUUGUUCUGGUGUAUCGACGUCCCACCUCCGGCCCUGGAUGCCUGGGAUGCGUUCCGUUUCUCACGGCUUCCAGGCACCGGCUAUCUCGCCUCCUUCUUCUCCCUUUUCAAUCCUCGCGCUUGUCAAGUUCGACCGCCGCCUGCGACUUCGGCUGCGCCUUCCCGCGUCCCCGUUGUGUCCAAAGUGUCUCCUGGAGCUCCACUGCAUGCGGCUGCUGCCCCCGCGGAGCUCGGCAGAGACGAAGAUGCUGAAACCUCCUUCGCCCCGCCCUCCUUCAAAGAGUGGCAUGCCCUCGACGACAUCCGCCAGCACGAUCGCCUCGCGAUUUUCCAGAUUCGAGAGCCUCUGAUUCUUCUCCAGCAAAUCGCCGCGACCUACCUCGCCGACGUUCCGCAUGCAGUUCGCCGGUCCUCGAAGUUCCCCCUCAUCCGAGCCUGGGCGAACGCAGCCGUCGACGUCCGCGUAGACCAAGAUCCUUCCCUUUUGGCCAUUGUCCAGGAGGCACAAGGCCUUCUUCUCUCAGCAGGCAUCCGCAGUCGGUCCUUCGUCCCUUGCAGCCCUGAGGACGACUUUGCGCGUUCGCGGAGUUCGGCUGAUAAGGCCCGAGACACGGUCGCUUCGUGGAUUGGAGUGCGAGAUGCGUCUGCUCUGUCCUUCGCUUCGAGCUCAGAGACAGACGAGGCGCUGCUUGCAUGCUCGGCGAAGACGCGGACGCCGCAGUGCGUCCACCUCGAAUUCUUGGAUGGGCGGCGCCCCGGUGAAACUGCCUGGACCCGCGGGAAGUUUGAAGAGAAGCGAUUUGGGUUGCUUGUCUUGGGCGAGAAAGACGGCCUCAAAACGCUUCCCAGCUGGCGCACGACGCACUUUGACACCGGCGUGAAUCUUCUGAGGCUGCGAGCGUUGAAGAAGCGUGGGUGGCAGAUCGUGACAGUGAAUGUGCACGAGUGGAGCGAAGCGCAGACUCCCGACAAUCGGCUGUCUCUGCUGUUGGACAAGUGUGAAGCUGCAGGGAUUUCCCUGCCUUUCUGCGUCGAAUGAAGGGCACACAUACAGGCUGUACAAACAUCAUGAAAGUCUUUUUGAUCUGACGAUUCAGGGAACCAGGGGAGCAAAAGCGGCAGAUUUGACCUUGCUUCUCGUUUUGGAGAUCGUGAGACACGGCUAGCUGUUGGGAUCUGUGAAGAUCGAUUAGAAACCGUGCAGCAAGUUGACACGAGCGUCACUCGGUUCAGUGCUUGCGACUGGUCGACCCACGGUUUUGACUCCGUCCAUUCGUAAAUGGGUUGACUACACACCGAUUUUUGUCUAUGUGAACUGAUGCGUGUGUGUGCGUGUUUACUCGAACCGUAUCGUGAACAAUGUUCUUGUGACCUUUGAUGUGCGACCGAAGACUGGCCAAAACAGGUACAAGCGUCAGCGCAA